AUGUGUCAAGUGACGUGGCACCACUCUACUAGUCGUGGGUGUGAAAUACAAACUGUUAGCAAACUGAAAUACAAACUAUAUGGUGGUAUCAUCAGUGACUUUGAUGAUAAGAACGAUACCAUCGAUGACAGUGACUUUGGUGGCAGGAACGACACCAUUGAUGACAGUGACUCUGGUGGUAAGAACGACACCAUCGAUGACAGUGACUCUGGUGGUAAGAAUGACACUAUUGAUGACAGUGACUCUGGUGGUAAGAAUGACACCAUCGAUGACAGUGACUCUGGUGGUAAGAACGACACCAUCGAUGACAGUGGCUCCGGUGGUAAGAAUGACACCAUCGAUGACAGUGCCUCCGGUGGUAAGAACGACACCAUCGAUGACAGUGCCUCCGGUGGUAAGAACGACACCAUCGAUGACAGUGGCUCCGGUGGUAAGAACGACACCAUCGAUGACAGUGACUCUGGUGGUAAGAAUGACACCGUUGAUGACAGUGACUCUGGUGGUAAGAACGACACCAUCGAUGACAGUGACUCUGGUGGUAAGAACGACACCAUCGAUGACAGUGCCUCUGGUGGUAAGAACGACACCGUUGAUGACAGUGACUCUGGUGGUAAGAAUGACACCGUUGAUGACAGUGACUCUGGUGGUAAGAAUAACACCGUUGAUGACAGUGACUCUGGUGGUAAGAACGACACCGUUGAUGGCAGUGACUCUGGUGGUAAGAAUGACACCGUUGAUGACAGUGACUCUAGUGGUAAGAAUGAAACGAUUGAUGAUAGUGCCUCUGGUGGUAAGAAUGACACCGUUGAUGACAGUGACUCUGGUGGUAAGAAUGACACCGUUGAUGACAGUGACUCUGGUGGUAAGAAUGACACCGUUGAUGACAGUGACUCUGGUGGUAAGAAUGACACCGUUGAUGAGAGUGGCUCUGGUGGUAAGAACGAUACCGUUGAUGACAGUGGCUCUGGUGGUAAGAAUGACACCGUUGAUGACAGUGACUCUGGUGGUAAGAACGAUACCGUUGAUGACAGUGGCUCUGGUGGUAAGAAUGACACCGUUGAUGACAGUGACUCUGGUGGUAAGAAUGAUACCAACAGUCCGUCCUUGACGAGGAAGGUAAGAGCGACCGCAUCGAUGACAGAGCCAUCUUCGUCGCCUGGUGGUAAGAAUGACACCGUUGAUGACAGUGGCUCUGGUGGUAAGAAUGACACCGUUGAUGACAGUGACUCUGGUGGUAAGAACGAUACCGUUGAUGACAGUGACUCUGGUGGUAAGAAUGACACCGUUGAUGGCAGUGACUCUGGUGGUAAGAAUGACACCGUUGAUGACAGUGACUCUGGUGGUAAGAAUGACACCGUUGAUGACAGUGACUCUGGUGGUAAGAACGACACCGUUGAUGGCAGUGACUCUGGUGGUAAGAAUGACACCGUUGAUGACAGUGACUCUGGUAGUAAGAAUGACACCGUUGAUGGCAGUGACUCUGGUGGUAAGAAUGACACCGUUGAUGGCAGUGAUUCUGGUGGUAAGAAUGACACCGUUGAUGGCAGUGACUCUGGUGGUAAGAACGACACCGUUGAUGACAGUGACUCUGGUGGUAAGAACGACACCGUUGAUGACAGUGACUCUGGUGGUAAGAAUGACACCGUUGAUGACAGUGACUCUGGUGGUAAGAAUGACACCGUUGAUGGCAGUGACUCUGGUGGUAAGAAUGACACCGUUGAUGACAGUGACUCUGGUGGUAAGAAUGACACCGUUGAUGACAGUGACUCUGGUGGUAAGAACGACACCGUUGAUGACAGUGCCUCUGGUGGUAAGAAUGACACCGUUGAUGACAGUGACUCUGGUGGUAAGAACGACACCGUUGAUGACAGUGACUCUGGUGGUAAGAAUGACACCGUUGAUGACAGUGACUCUGGUGGUAAGAAUGACACCGUUGAUGACAGUGACUCUGGUGGUAAGAACGACACCGUUGAUGACAGUGACUCUGGUGGUAAGAAUGACACCGUUGAUGACAGUGACUCUGGUGGUAAGAAUGACACCGUUGAUGGCAGUGACUCUGGUAGUAAGAAUGACACCGUUGAUGGCAGUGACUCUGGUGGUAAGAACGACACCGUUGAUGACAGUGACUCUGGUGGUAAGAACGACACCAUUGAUGACAGUGACUCAGGUGGUAAGAACGACACCAUCGAUGACAGUGCCUCUGGUGGCGGAAACGAUACCAUCGAUGACAGUGACUCUCCGGCCGCGAAAAACGACUCUGAUAGUGGAGAUGGCAAGGACAGCCACGAGAUCUUCUUGGCGACCGACACCCACCUCGAGGUCAACUCCACCACUGACAAGCAGACUAUAGAUGGCUCAGACAUUCUUGUCCACACCAGGGUGAUCAAUAUCAAGCCUAAAGGUGGAAUGCAGAACACCACAUCCAUAAAGAUAACGCAAAUCAGUGGGCAGCCGUCUCGUGUGGAAGACACUUCCAAGCACCACCGCAGGAAGGAAGAGGAGUCAACACCUGGAAGUGAAGGGGAGGAGCCAACGCAGGAAGAGACCUGA